AUGGCGGCGGGCCGCCGCCUCCUCCAUCUUCUGCCGGGGCUGGAGCUAUGCCUGCGGUCCCGUGCGCUUACCCUCCUCUCCCCGUCGCGGGCAGAUGGGAUGGCUCGUUGCUGGCGCGAGCCUCCGCGCCGGAAGCUUGUGACCUUCCGGCAAGGUGCUUUCGAAGAGGGGAAUGCAGCGAGGGAUAAGGCUGUGCCGAUUCCAGAUGAACUGCUCGGCCAUUGCAAGGAUGCCAAUGGCAGGGCCCUAGACCUAGAGCCCAUUGGAAAGAACUCUGCCAAUGAGUCUCUGCAAUUUUCUUUCGAAGAGGAGGAGAGUGACGACGUGGUGUGCGAAAUUAGCGAAAGCUUGGUGCGAGAUGUGGAGAAGGCUGGAAUUGAAUUGCUUGCUGCCAGGGGUUUGUUGAAUGAUGGUUUUUAUGCUGAAUCAUUUUCGCGAUCCCGGUGGCUAUCAUCAACAUGGGGUCCAAGACGAAUAAAACAGGCACUUCGCCAAAAGGGUGUGCCAGAGGCAGAAGUAGAUCAGGCAACAAGAAGAGUGUUCCAGGAUGGUCACGGCCAUGGAAAAGAGGCAACGUUUGGCAUAUCUGAAGCUUCCAUGGAUCAUCUGUUUGCUCAGGCAUCCAAACAGUGGCAGCGCGGGCAAAGCUUGACCCUGGAGAAUCGCCGUGCGCGCAUUGUGAGGUGGCUUCAGUACCGGGGCUUCAACUGGGCUGUGAACAAUUCCAUUCGCCCUUCAACAGUGGGACAAGAAUACAAGACCUAUUGCUUUGACAUCCUAAUUCAGAUAUUCCAGUUUGGAAAAUACGAAUGUGAAAUCUGA